CGCGAUUGUGGAAGUGUGAAUUGGAAAUCACACUCCCUUUCUCUAGACAACCAGUAUCCUAGGUGAAGACCAAUUGAUCACACCACGAAAAGCAGCUUGGUGGUCCCCAUCACUUGUGAUUAUUUGAAGCCAUUCACCAAUAGUCUCCACCAUCGAUACCGAACACUUUGAGACUUGAUUAUUUUUCCGAGUGCCAUGACGAUUAUGUCUCACAAUAGUGCACCCACGUCCGGUAUGAGCAUGUUUCCAAAUAUGUCGGGUUUCGCCAGUAUGGCUAGUAUGGCCGCCAUGGCCUCCUACACGAAUUCGGCCCAAUCAUCCAUGUCCCUGCAUGGAAUGGGGGGAGUGCCAAGCGCCAAUGCCAAAAAGGACGAGAGCCACAUCAAGCGACCCAUGAAUGCAUUCAUGGUGUGGUCCCGACUUCAGCGGCGAAAGAUUGCUCAAGACAAUCCGAAGAUGCACAAUUCGGAAAUCUCCAAGCGUCUUGGGUCCGAGUGGAAAUUGCUGACCGAAUCUGAAAAGCGACCCUUCAUCGAUGAGGCCAAACGCAUCCGUGCCCGUCACAUGAAGGAGCAUCCGGAUUACAAAUACCGGCCGCGACGGAAGCCCAAGACUCUCCAAAAGAAUGGUUACGCAGCCUUUCCACUUCCCUACUUGCCUAGCUCGGCCUUGGAUCCGUUCAACACUCUGCAUCAGACUUUCAUUUCCAAUCCAUCUCACCAAUCGCCUUUCGAUUUGGCCGUGGCCGCCGAUAAAUCACGCAGCAUGUUCUCCUCUCCAGUGACGGGCGGAUCUUCCACCGUGUCAUCUUCCCAGUAUCCGUGGUUCGGAUGCACUUCUAUGGGCAUGGCCAACACCACCACCACCCCGACCUACGAAACCAAAUUGAAUCACGACGUGAUGGGCGGAUCUCUAUCCCACGGAAGUAUAAGCCCACCUGCCUCCAUGCCCACCCCUUCACCCGAAGCCAAAUCAUCGUCAUCGGCCCAUGAUUUGUUCAAUCCUGGUCUGCUUCCCACGUCAUCUCCUCAAGGAGCUUCUAGUCUGAAUUCAUUCUACAACUCAUUCUACAACAAAUCAGCAGCGGGCUUCUCCGGCCUUUCUGGCUUGCCCAUGGGCGGUUCGAUGGCGGCCGCUGCUGCAGCGGCAGCGGCUGUGGGCCAAGUCCCUGGCGGCAAUCUUCCAUCUUUCCCAGGCUACCCCACCUCGAAUAUGGUCGGCCAAGGAGCCACUCCCACGAGUGGCUACCCGUUGUCUACUUUGGAUCCUUUGCGGAGACCUGUGGGGGUCUUGAUUUAAUUUUGUCAGCCUUUGACCUGCUGAGGAGAAGGAGACCAUUUUUAUCCAACUACAAUGCAUGUCAAUUUAUAGCGUGUAUCUAUGACAUCCAAACUGUUUUUUGAUCUUGUCCUCUCUGAUAUUUAAUGAUCAAUAAAUCAAAUACUUCUAUG